UGGGACAGGCUCACGGCAAGAGAGGCGCUGGCUGCCAUAGCUCAUGUGGCAGUUUCCAGUUUCUGCGAUUUUGGAAGGGCGUGCACACUGCACAGGGCACGAUCUAUGGUCAGCAUACGCUGAUGGCCACUCAACGCCCAGGCAGGAGAAAAAGCGCCACUCGGCGGAAGCUUAGGUGUUCGUCUCUAUUUUGAUCCUCUUCUUCGCUGUUGGGGUGAGCGAUGGCGCUUGUGGUCCAGGGUUUUGCCGCCAAGUUCAAUUGUGGUAGGAUGAUCUUGUGGCAAGCUCUUGGUUGAAGGCAACAUCUCCUCCAUCGCCAUCCUUGGAGUAAUUGUGCAUCGCCGACUGCAAAGGAAGGAAUUAGCAUGGCCACACAAAAGCUUUCGGCUUGUGUUUUCACUUCGGCACUGGUACAUCAGGCUUGUGUCUUCACUUCGUCGCUGGUAUAUCGCGGGCGCUUCAUCGAGUGGCGGCGGGACAUCCACUCCACGUGUGAAAACGGUUAUGACUGCAGCUUGAGGCUCAGGCGUGCUGUCCAGCGGCGCCACGGAGGGCAUUUCGUGAACGAUUUUCUUGCCAGGAGCUGCAAAAAGGCUUGUGAGUCUGCGACUAGAACAUACCUCUCAUUUCCCAUCACUGUGGGAGCAUUCACGGUGAUUCACCUCACGGAACCUCUGUGGGGUAAGCUCAGCAAACCGCGGGGGGUAAAGAACAUGGGGGCCCCAGGCACAAACGGAGUAGCUGACGAUCAUCAUGGCAUGACUUCCAUGGCCGGAGAUGCAGUUGCCCCCCUGAAUGGGGUAAUCGUCACAAGGACGAACUUCGGCGUCAAACCCACGGCCGGCAAGCAUGAUGGCAACAGUCACGGCGCUUGCAUUUUGGAAAACUGGGAAUUUCAGCAAUCACCAGAGCUGCCUCGAUUUCUGCCCACGCUACGGGGACACCACAUGGGUCAGCUGACAGGGGCCGAUUCCAGUGAGAUUUUGUUGGAGUUCAAGAGGUGCUUAGCCCUCGCAGCACCCACGGCACUGGCCAACAUCUUAUGGUUCGCGAGAGUGGUCGUAUCCACCAUAUACCUUGGUCAUCUCGGAAACAAUGAUCUCGCUGGGGCGGCCCUCGCUAUGGGUUUCUGCAACGUCACAGGCUACUCACUAGUGAUGGGGUUGUCGACUGGGAUCGAUCCUAUCUGUGCGCAGGCGUACGGUGCUGGGAACUACAAGCUGCUUCAGUUGACGAUGCAGCGCGCCGUAAUCAUGCUCCAAUGCGUGAGUGCGGUCAUUGCUGUGUCCAUCUGGCUCAAUGUGGAAAGGAUUCUUAUCCUAUGCGGACAAGACCCGGAAAUUGCCGCUGUAACGAAAAAUUACACCUUAGUUUUGAUCCCUGAUCUGUUCGUCUACGCGCUUGUCGUACCGACAAGAACAUACUUGCGAUCACAGUACAUCACAGUUCCUCUUACAGUCUCCGCGGGCAUAGCGCUGUGUAUCCACAUUCCAUUGAAUUAUGCGCUCAUCUUCAAGGCGGGCCUUGGGUACAGAGGUGCCGCCUUAUCGACAGUUUGCACCGACAUCAGCUUUAUUUGCUUGCUUUUGCUCACGGUCUGGCUAGUCACGCCCAAAGAAGGCCGGGGCAAAUGGGAAGGAUGGUCCCGGGAGUGCCUGAAAGAGUGGGGACCCAUUCUGAGGCUUUCAUUGCCUUCAUGUGUAAGUGUAUGCGUGGAGUGGUGGACCUUCGAGAUCAUCACUAUUUUUGCCGGUCUGCUUCCUGACCCCAGCACUGCUGUGGCCACAAUGUCCAUCAUGUUGAAUUGUGCGUACAUGUCCAUAAUGACCCCUCUGGCUGUCAGUCAAUCGGCAUCAACACGAGUUGGGAUUGAACUUGGAGCGAACUCGCCCCCAGCGGCUCGUCUUGCAGCGUACGUAGCUUGGUCCAUCGCCUUCGUCCUCGCUGGGGCCUCUCUCACGUUUUUCACGACGUGUGGUGCCCAUGUGGCACGCUUAUUUACUGACAUCGCCUCCGUACAGCUUCAUAUCCAGACGGUCAUCCCACUGCUUGGGAUCGUGCAGCUCUUUUCCAUUCCCCAAUCUGUGGCCGCUGGCAUUGUGCGGGGUUGUGCUCGCCCUGACGCCUUGCUUGGUGUCAGUCUUGUGGCCUUUUACUUGAUUGGAUUGCCUUUAGCUGCCUACCUCGCUUUCGUCAUGCACAUGGGCGAUGCUGGCCUCUGGCGCGGUCUCAUUGCAGCAGAGGUUGUUGCUGCUGUUUCGACUGUAUCUAUCAUCCUGCUCCUCGACUGGGGAGCUGAGGCAAAGAGAGCGCAGCUGUUCGUAACAAAAUCUCAAUGUUCUGCCACCAUUCCUCAUGACGAUGAUCCGCAUGUGGACUCGGCCGAAACAGGUAAGAAAGAUCCCACUAACGACUGCCCCCAGAAGUGGGCCGGGACCGAUUAUCACAAUAUCGCCGACCAGUCACUAACAGCUCCUCUUCUGAAUGACCAAGAGGAAGACUCGGCAUGCGAGGAUAGCAAACCAGCUGGAAACAGGUUAGACACAUCCCACUAACUACUGCCACCCGAAGUGGGCCGGGACCGAUCAUCACAAUAUCAUCGACCAGUCACUAGCAGUUCCGCUUCUGAGUGACCAAGAGUAAGACUUGGCAUGCAAGAAUAGCAAACCAGCUGGAAACAGGCAAGACACAUCCCACUAACUACUGUCGGCAGAAGUGGGCUGGAACCGAUCAUCACAAUAUCGCCGACCAGUCACACUGACAGUUCCGCUUCCGAGUGACCAGGAGGAAGACACUUCACGUAAAAGAUCCCACUAACUACUGCCGGCCAAAGUGGGCUGGGAGUCUGGGACCGAUCAUCACAAUAUCACCGGCCAUUCACUGACUGUUCCGCUUCUGAGUGACCAAGAGGAAGACUCGGCAUGUGAGGAUGGAUGGCAAACGAGCCCAAGCAACAACUGAAUUUGAAGUCUAAACAGAAGUAGUCCUCAUUCUGAUAGAUUCACGCUUACUAGUUACCUGAUGGCGGAUGCAGUGUUUUUGGAGUUUCUCAGUGGGCUGUAACAAUAACCGAACCUUUUUUGUAAUUUUAUUAAGUUGUGGGUCCUAACCGGUAGCUACAUCUGAGUCUAAGCCGAGCGGAGGGACUCGUGUGUAAAUUCCCUAAACUACUGAGGAAAACGGGCACUACUGAGCCUAAAACUCAUUUUCGCCUUUUCGGCCUAAACUGACUGCGGCACAAUUGUGCCUCAGACUGGUACUGCUAUUUCUGGAGAAAACGCACACCCGUAACUGUUAGGAUGUUAGGUCCUGGCCGGGUCCGGUCCGGUAGGUUAACCCUAGAGCUAUAUAUAGAAUAGGACUCACAGGUUUCAUUAGCAAUGGCACCAGCUAUUUCAAUUAGUGCACACCAUACAUAAUAUGAGAGAUGGUGUUUCACUAGAGCGGCAGGGAUUCCGAAGCACAUAUAUGGCGAGCCUAGGCCGAACAGUCCUCCAUGGUUGGUGAUACUCGUUGGCGUCGCCAGGCUGCUGGAGCUGCAGCACUUUAGCCGGGAGCUGCUGCUGUGUUUGUGGGUGGCAGUGAAUCUGGUGCUUCAUCUGCUGGGAAGUGUGCAUCCAUAUCUGUUCUGUGUGUUUGGGUUUGCCUCUGCCAUAUCUUCUUUUUCAAGCCAAGUUCUUCUUCUUCCUCAAGGGCGGACCUUCUUCUUCUUCUUCAAGAUGGAGGUUUCUUCUUCAUACGGAGUGAUUUUUGAGGGAAAGUGGGUUAAAAAGAAACACAGAGAAAGCGGGUAUGGUUUGACAUCUAGGAGAAGAAAGAGAGAGCAGCAUGCAGAUAGCAAGGCAUAACUGUCACGGGAUAUUGAACAGUACAGUUGAUGUCAAUGAAAAAACAUUACGCAAAACCAUGCGCAUCAGGGAGAGAAUUUGAGAGUCGAGCAAGCGCCAAUAUGUUGUUGGAUUUUGUACAAAGAAUAAUCCUAGAAUAAUCCUAGAUCUGCCCACGAAAGGGGCCAACAUACACUCGUUACUAUUUACAGCAAACUGAUGAACCUGUCCAUUUCCUGUGGGAAGAUGCACUCGUUUUGUUUCUUGGUUCGUGCGCCGUGAGGUGACGCCGAAAGAGAGUGUUGUACUCAAGGGGUCAGGUAAGUGGACUCUGCAAACGGUUUAGGGGCGGGCUGCGGGCUCCCGGAUUGACACGCAAGUACGAAGUCUAAAAGGAAAAUGGAAAUACAAAAUGGGGUCAAUGGCUUGUCAUUUCAAGGCAAUGGUCAAGCCUUAGGUUGAAACUUGAGAGGGGUAUGGGAAGGGGACAUCACUUGCAGCCCCAAGGGAUGUAGUACGCAGGACGAUUAACGACCAAAGCCCCCACCCGCGGGUAUUGUAAAGUUGUUCUAAGGGACGCUGGACCCGGUUUCCAGCAGGUGACGCUCCCCACCAAUAGAUGGAGCUGCCCACUGG